AUGUCGGCUUUUGCCAACGUUCUUUUGCGUGCUCACGCAGCACCCUUUCGUGGUCUGGCUGCGCGAAACCUUUCCAUGGUUUCGCAGCCCUUCCUUCUUCGUACUGCCCCAGUUUUGAGCGCGACUAAGCAUUACAAGGGCAGCACAAGUGAGGAAGUGCGUCUUAAGGCUGAGAGUGAGAUGCAGGAUUACUGGGAAAGGAACAUUAAGCUUAAGCGCCCGUGGUCGCCUCACAUAUUGAUCUACUCUCCACCUCUUUGCAUGCGAAACUCCUUCCUCCACCGUGCUACUGGCGUCGCCAUGGCUAUUGUCUGGAUGGGCGCUGGCGCUGCUGGCUUCUGGUAUACCGGCCACUUUGAUGGCAUGCUGGACUAUGUCAGCAGCUUCAGCUUCGGACCUUCUAUUGUGUUUGGUGCCAAGUGCCUUCUCGCUUACCCACUGGUCUACCACUACUGUAACGGCAUGAGGCAUCUGGCCUGGGAUUACGCUAUCGGCUUCGAUAUGAAGACAGUCAACAUGACUGGUGCCACUGUCCUCAUUCUAUCUGUCCUUCUUACUCUCGCGUUGGCCUCCAUCAGGAGCUAG